UAACAAAAUUCUCUCUUCUUUAACCUCUAGCCAGCUCAAAACAACUGCUUCUAACAUGUCUCACAUCAUCCCCACGUGUCUCCAAUUCAUCUUAAUUUACUUCCCACUUCACUUUUUUUAGUUCAACCUCAAAUGCUGGAUCUGGAACUCCACUUCCUACAUUCCUGAGCAAAUGCUAUUGCACAGACUCUUCAGUUUUACCUCUAAUGUUCAAGCUGAGUUGACCUGUCAACUCAUUAUUGGAUGACAGGAAUUCAGGGCCUCCAUCGGGUUCCUUUCUGUUACGGCAUUCAAUUUCAGAUACCCUGUGUCAAACAACUCCUCAUGAAGUUAGAAUUCACUUCAGUGUUUGCUUUCCUAUUUAUCAUAGUCAAUCUGUUUGCUUCAGCUGUUACAGACCUGAACUCGGAUCGACAAGCCCUUCUUGAUUUUGCAGCUGAGGUUCCCCAUCUAAGGAAACUCAACUGGAGCUCUACUAAUCCCAUCUGCCAGUCUUGGGUGGGCAUCACUUGCACAAAGGAUGAUACUCGUGUGGUUGCACUCCGGCUCCCAGGAAUUGGACUUGUAGGCCCUAUUCCAAACAACACUCUUGGGAAACUAGAUGCCCUUAGGAUUUUAAGCCUUCGAUCUAAUGUACUAACUGGUAGUCUACCUUCUGAUAUUGUCUCCCUUCCUUCUCUGCAUUACCUCUUUCUCCAACAUAAUAACUUCUCUGGUGACAUUCCUGCAUCCCUUUCACCACAACUCACUGUAUUGGAUCUUUCAUUCAAUUCCUUAACGGGAAACAUUCCGCAGAGCAUAAAAAAUUUGACCCAACUCACUGGAUUGAAUCUUCAGAACAACAACCUUUCUGGACCCAUUCCCACAUUAAAUGACACUAAGCUCAGGCACUUGAAUUUAAGCUACAACCAUCUUAACGGUUCAAUCCCACUGUCCCUUAAAAAGUUCCCCAAUUCCUCUUUUAUAGGAAACUCUUUCUUAUGUGGACCACCACUACAAGCGUGCUCCAUUAUUCCACCUUCUCCAUCACCUACUUCUUCUCCACCCCCUGUGUCACCUCGAAAAAAAAGCUCCAAACAGAAACUAGCAUUGGGUGCUAUCAUUGCCAUUGCUGUAGGAGGAGCCGUCGCACUAUGUCUUCUAGCUCUAAUUAUUUUAUUUUGCUGUUUGAAAAAAAAAGAUAAUCAAAGCAAUGGUGUAUCUAAAGGGAAGGCUUCUAGUAGUAGCAGGGGUGAGAAGCCCAAAGAGGAGUUUGGAAGUGGGGUGCAAGAACCAGAGAAA